AUGAAGACUUCUACUGUUGCUUUGAUUGCCACAGGUGUACUUACUACCUUGGGUCUUGGUUAUCUCGUCUAUUUUGACUCUCAAAGACGCAGUAACCCCGAGUUCAGAAGACAGUUGAGACGUGAACGUAAAAAGGCAGUCAAGGAAGCCAAGGAAGCUGAAAAGAGUUCAACUGAAUCCAAGUUAAAAUUAAUCGAAAGAGUGAUUGUUGAAUGUGCUAGAGAAAACUAUCCUACUUCACCUGAACAAAAGGAAAAAUACUUCAUGGAACAAGUUGCAGCAGGUGAAGCUUUGUGUGGACAAGGUCCACAAUAUUAUGAUGAUGCUAUUUUGCCUUUCUAUAAGGCACUUAAGGUGUACCCUGCACCUAUGGAAUUAAUCAUGAUCUACCAAAAGACUAUUCCUGAACCUGUAUUCCAAACUAUUGCUUCUAUAUUAGCUAUUGAACAAAAGGCUAUGGAAGGUCAACAAACAGAAACACCUGAAGCUGCUGCUGCUUCUGCUACUGGUGUUGAUAUUGAAGUCGAAUAA